AUGUAUUACAUAAUACUUUUGUCAGUGUCGGUUAUAAUGACUGAAGCUUUGCCGUUAGAAGAAUAUCUAGGUAAUAAUACAGAUAAAUUUAAGGAACCUCAAGAUUUCGAAAGGGACCUAGAAUUUGUUUCAUAUGUCGAGAACUUCAAGCAGUUAAUGGCUGCAUACGUCAAUUCUGAAUACAAAUACUUAACGACAAGCGAGAAGGAAAGAGUAAAUACAAUAUUAGAGGACUUUUUUCAUAAUUUGUCCAAGGAUCUAAAAGAAGUUAUUACGUUACAAAAUGAGAAUAAUGUCAAUCAUGGUGGGUUUAAGGAAAUCAUUAAAGAUGGCGAAUCAGACGAAAUAUUUGAAAAAAUAGAGCAAAAGGUGAUAAGUGAACUCCCAGACGUGAACGACGAAACAUCAAAUGAAAUUGUAAAUAAGUUAAGGAAGAACUUGCUAUUGACAAGACAGCAGCUCGAUCAGGUCAUUGAUGAGUCGAAAAAGAGACAGCUUGAGAAUUCUUAG